GUGCUUUAGGACUGGUUGUCUAGCCAAAGGCUGUCUCGGCUAGACAGGCGCCGCAGUCAAGGGCACUACAUUAAUUUUACACCGAAUCUGUAAAGGAAGUUGCCAAGCGGGAGGUUGCCACACCUGAGCUCGCAGCGUUGUUGAACUUUGAAGCUCGGCCAGCUGUUCGACACGAGUGAGCAUGGACCGCUGUCCGAAAGAAGGGUGCCGGAAGGAACUGUCGGAAACAGAAGUCAAGCCGCACCUGGAAAGAUGCGCCUAUCGAAAAACUCGCUGCAAUCUGUGCGACGCAGAUGUCGUUUUGAGCAGUUUCGUCGAGCACUGUACCACCGCUUGUCCCAAAAGAAGCGUCGUAUGCAAGGUCUGCACAGCGGUGAUCUUCGCAGGGGAAAUGCAGGAACAUUCCAAGACUUGCCGCGAUAUGGGCGAUAAAGAAAAAUCUGUCCUGCCAAAUGGUAAAGGUGCCUCCAAGAAAAAGACAAAGGGUGGCAACACGGACGCCGAAAUCAAAGAACUGCGGAAACUACUGAACGCUGCGAUGAAGGAAAUAGCCGACCUGAAGCUUUUUCAGAGCGUUCAGGAGAGAAAGACGGCCGCCCUACUGCGUCGAACGGGGGCGUCGUUCGUCUGGUGCCUGGAGUCGUACCGCAGACUUCGCCGGCAUGCGAUCUCGCGACGUGACGACUGUCUCAGUGAGCCAAUCUUCUUCGGCAUGGCUGGUUGCAAAUUCCGGCUGCAGGCUAACCUGUACGGCAUCGGGAGUGGUGCCGGCACGCACUUGGCUUUUUUCGUCCAGUUCAAGGUCGUCGACGUGGCCAGAAUGGACAGCUGCUGUGUCAAGAAAACUAGGUGCUUGAUCCGGGUGGCGUCCCAGCGGGAGGGCGUGGAUCACGUCGACCAUACGUUCGACUUCUGUGUCUCGGGUCAGGACCGUCGACGCUCCACGAGCCGUCCGCUGCACAUGUGGAACACGCUUUUCGGCCGCGAAAAGUUCAUUCUCUUCGAAGAGCUCGAAGACCAGCGUGUUGGAUACGUUGUUGAUGACAUGCUGAUCCUGGAAUUUCACGUUAUAGACUGAUUAAAUAAAACAAAGACAAGAACA